CACUUUGCCUCCUUGCCAUCUUGCCCUCCCUCAUCCAUCUCCCAAUCGCCAUGGAGACGCACACCUUUCCCUUCCUGUCCUCAUCAGGCGGCGACACAUUACAUCUCUCCCUUCUCCACAAUGUGCGCAACGUCUCCACAAUCCUUUCCUCUCUCCGCUCAGGAAAGCCGGACCCAUCCUUCCCAUCUUCGAUCACCGCUGAGGACCUCUCUUCGUACGCCUUUCUCGAUGCGAGCCUGGUAGUUUCACGCAAGCAGGUCGUCAAUGCAGCCGUGCAGGCUAUCAUGGCCAGGGAAAGGGGAGAGAUGAAGACGAGGGCCUGGAGCACCGAGGUUAUGUGGGUGCUGUGGCCAGGGGGCAAUAUCUCCGACUCGCUCAAAAACGUCGGUCUCAGCGCUACUUCAUCCUCGCUCGUCGUUGUCCGACUCUGCUCAUCUAGCUCCUCGGAGCAUUCUCGCGAGAGAGUCUUGGAACAGCUCACCACCCUGGUAGAGGGGGAUCUCGACCCGAAAGGACUCGAUGCGCUUGGCAUUAGCGACAGUAGCCAUAGCGAUGCAGUGACCGACUGGGAAAAGGUCAAGAGGAUACACAGACUCGUGCCACCUCCUGCGCCUGCUGAUGGCGCCGCAGAGGAGGGCGAGAUGGAGUGGAUUCGCAGAGUAGUGGAGAGCACGACGGGCAUCAAGGCCGUCGCUGGCUGAUUGGAGGGAACCUCCACUGAUCGAGCGUCGCACAGAUCACUGCGUCACCAUGUCCAUGUACUUGUACGAAAGAUGAUAGAUUGAAUAGACCGCAGCUAGUAGUACACGAGGGCGUGAUCCCCUCCCGUUUC